UAAAUCAGCUGCCAACCAAAUUGCAACUCUGCCUCGCUAAUCUCAAAGCUUGCUGCCUGCCUUUUACUUCUAUCCCAACUUGUUCCGCUAAAUCAGUCAAGCUGGCGUCGUUCAAGCAGAAAAAUAACAAUAAUACUAUAAGCAAUUAUAAUAACAAUAUAAUGUGGAGUAGUACUAUAUCGCCAACUAACUCUAAGAAACUAUUGAUCGGUAGCACACGCAGCGUUGAUUAUGUCGGUGAUAGUGCGAGGACGGCAGCAGGCAAUAUCAAAACAGGAGCAGCAGCAUCAGCAGCAGCAGGAGCCAAAGGAUCAAAAGCCAAAGCCACCGCCAUCGCAGCCACAGCCGCAGCAGCGAACACAACAAAGAUCUCAAUUGAAAUGGAGCUUCAUAUACAGAAUAAGUGCAUUUCGGCAUAGCGCAUCACUCUGGAGGGUGGUGCGGAGCCGCCAUGGCUGCAGGGCCCCCUUAAAGCCGCAUUUUUGGGGGCUACUGGGGUCGGCAAAACAAGCAUACUACAGCAAUUUUUCUACCAUGACUUUCCGAGGACUCAUCAGACGACAACACAUCGCAAGAUUUAUAAAAACUGUCUGGUCUGCGACACCUGCAUACGUGAGCUGAUGGUACUGGACGUUCCGCCCCAGAAGCGAUUUCCGGCUGACAACUUCGCCGAGUGGAACAACGGACAUCCGCUGGGGCUGCGAACGGUGCACGCCUAUGUCUUGGUCUACGACAUGGGAAAUUUGGAAACAUUUCAGUACUGCCGCUCGAUGAGAGAUCAAAUCUUGGACAGUUUCAGUCAUCGUGAUUUUAGCAUAAUUGUGGUCGGCAAUAAAUUUGACAAUGUGACUGAGGCACAGGCCAACUCGCAGGAGCUCAAGGAUAUUUCCACGCUGGUGCGCAAACAUUGGCGCUGCGGCUACGUCGAGUGCUCGGCGCAAUACAACUACAAAAUCGGCGACGUAUUUCGUGAGCUAAUGGGCUGCACCAGCACGGGUGGAGGCGGCGGCGCCGGAGGAGGAGGCGUGGCCGGGGUCGGUGGCCUGGUUGGCACUGAGUACUCACAAUCAACUAGGAAUAAAGGACGCUGUACAAUACUUUAGCAAAUGUUGCAUAAGUUUUUUAAGCAGACGCUCUGAUCUGGCGCAUUAUAUCCGGGUGGACUCGUUGCGAGCGGCAGCUGGGGCAAGGUGGCGUAUACGCAAUCUCCGAGGAGGAUACACAAAGACGACAUUGUUGCCCCUUGCCAACGCUGGCAGAUGCAUAUUUUAACAUAUAUUUUUAGUGGCCACACUCCCAACUCCACACUCCGUACUCCCGAGUUUCCAGAACCUCCUUUUGUUUGCCAUUAUUACAACAUUUUGCUGGCUGCCUUUAUGGACGCUUUUUGCUGUGCUCAUUUAAAUGGCGAUGGGACUGCCGAACGGAGGAUACGUUUGGCCAGCGGCAAGGCAAAGCCACCCAGAUUCCGAUCCUUGCUGACAACUUUUGUGCGUCCGCAUUUGCAAUUCAAUGCCAUAAGCUGGCAGGAAGUGCAGUCGCCAUGAAUAUGCAGCGAUAUCCGCAAAGUGCAGCAACAAUUGCCGGCGAAAAGUUUGAUUCCUUUGUGGUUAUUAUUAUUAUAAUCGUUGCGGUUAUUAUUUCUGUCGUGGAACGUAAAUAGGCAAUUAAUCCCACCAUAAUUUACAAUACAUUUUAUGUACGAACGAAUAACCUUGUUAUCGAAACAAACCGAAAUCGUAUAGGAACUUAAGUAGUUAACCUAAGCUAUACACAAAUAUUUAAACAUACUUUAACGUUGUGAUCAUUUCAAGAAUUAGUUCUUAAGACACCCAGACAUAACUUCGGUUAGUGUCCAGUCAAGUCAAGUCUCCGAAACUGAAUUACCAGAAUUUUAGGACAACGUACGAGUAAGAGCAAUUUAAUAAAUAGCAUUAAGUGUUCGGGAGGGCGACCGAAGGUGGUAAAAUCAAAGAGUUACAAUCAUGCCAUUAAAAUCCUCAAAAGGCUAGCAUCCAUAAAUAUCCGCUUCACACCAGUAUAAUUGUACAUCCUUAAAAAAUGUAUGUAAUUGUAGUUAACUACAAUUCAUGGCUCUUCAUUGAAUCUGAAAUCAAAUCAAAGCAAUAGAAAUUCAAAAAUAUAAACCAAUGAUUUUGUUUAUUAAAAAAAUUAAAAACCAAAUAUUUUAUUCAUUUUUGUCGUUCAGGAGCCGUGAUCAAGAAGCCUUAAGAACCAGAAGCAAAUAUUUCAUAGUAAACCUUAGAGUAAACUAAGAUUACAACUUGAUUAAAGCGCACAAAAACGACGAUUGUGUUUUUAUGGCAUACUCGAAAUUAUUAGACCCUAGGUUAAAGGUCAAAAGGACAAUGGUCCGCGUAGCGUAGUGCAGUGAUGCCAAAAAGACCUAACCGAAGUAUUAGUUAGGCUCUACUAUCCGCUGGGCAUCGCUUGGCGAUUAGUUAUAUUCUGCGCUGAUCCACGAAACACAUACAUACCAUACCGAUCUCUUUCUUUACCUCAACAAAAGAACUCAAACUACUCAAAAGAAAAGCAAUCAAGGCUGACUUUGUACAUAGAGAUUUCAAAGGAAGAACUUUGCGAAAAUGCUAUGGAAACCGACUUUUACAGCAAUAUAAGUAAGCUCUAACUGAUAUUCAUGGUAAAUAACUGGGCGCACUGCCACAAAUUGGUUCCACUCCCAGUUGAGUGUUCGGCUAAGGUUCUAGAAAUAGUUAAUAUAACAAAUAAAUUUGAAACAAUUUUUUGAAAUUAUUUCAAGGUUAACCAAGGCAAAUCGAUAAUAAUACAAGAAGUUAUAAACCAUUAUUGUUAAAAAUAAUAUUAAUUAAAUAUAUAUUUGGCGGCUUUGAUAAAGGACAUAUACC